AAGCCAAGUCACUUACUCAUAAUCUUUUUCUGUAAUUAUUCCCAAACAUCAAUUUCAACUUCACUUUCACACUUGUUAUAAAUCUGUCUCCAAGCUCACUCCACUACUCAACUCAACAUCGAUCGAUCGCCAUGCAGUCCUCUCUAGUGCUUUCGCCGCUUCCAUCAUACAUUCCACCACUCAAACACACCACUUUCCGACGGAUAUGCACACCCUCCGCCGUAGCAGCACCUCCUCUCACCACCACUCUCCGCCGCCACCAAGCAGUUACCCAUUCCAUGCCACCCGAAAAGGUCGAUAUCUUCAAGUCACUUGAAUCUUGGGCGGCUGACUCCGUCCUCCCACUACUCAAACCCGUCCAACACUGCUGGCAGCCUUCCGAAUUCCUACCUGUCUCUUCCCAGCCAUACGAUCAGUUUUCCGAUGAAGUACGAGCCCUACGAGAUCGGACGUCGGAGUUGCCGGACGAGUACUUUGUGGUUCUUGUGGGUGAUAUGAUCACUGAGGACGCUUUGCCGACAUACCAGACCAUGAUCAACACCCUUGAUGGGGUUCGCGAUGAGACUGGAGCAAGCGCAAACCCUUGGGCGAUGUGGACCCGUCAAUGGACGGCGGAAGAGAACCGGCACGGCGACUUGCUCCGGACAUAUCUUUAUCUUUCCGGUCGAGUUGAUAUGAAUAUGAUAGAGAGGACAGUUCAAUACCUCAUUGGUUCCGGCAUGGAUCCGGGAACAGAAAAUAAUCCCUACUUGGGGUUUGUGUACACGUCAUUUCAAGAACGCGCCACCUUCGUUUCACACGGCAACACCGCUCGGCUAGCGAAGGAACGCGGCGAUCCUGUUCUUGCACGCAUAUGCGGCACCAUUGCAUCUGAUGAAAAGCGACAUGAAAACGCUUACGUGAAAAUAGUGGAGAAGCUACUGGAAGUGGAUCCGACUGGUGCGAUGUUGGCAAUAGCAGACAUGAUGAGGAAGAAGAUCACAAUGCCGGCUCAUCUGAUGUACGACGGCGAGGACCCAUCUCUUUUCGAGCAUUUCUCGGCGGUUGCACAGCGGCUUGGGGUUUACACGGCGGAUGAUUACGCUGAUAUACUGGAGUAUCUAAUCGGAAGGUGGAAGCUGGAGAAGAUUCAAGAGUUGACGGGUGAGGGAAGGCGUGCACAGGAGUUUGUGUGUGGAUUAGCACCGAGGAUUAGGAAGUUGCAGGAGCGAGCUGAUGAGCGGGCGAAGAAGAUGGAACCACGUGGUGUCAAGUUCAGCUGGAUUUUUAAUAAGGAAGUUAUGGUGUAAUUAAAUCGUUAAAAGUUUUUUUGUUUUUAAUUUUGUUUGAAUAUGACAGUUGACAUCUGUGUUUCGUUUUAGACAAAACUUCAAAAAUGGUCCCUGUGGUUUCCAGAAA